AAACGGGGUGCCGACCCAUUAUACGUAUGACUACAGUAAGCAUUUUAACCCCCUUGGUCGAAGAUGAGACUCGCUCUAUCUGUUCCUUUCUCCCUUCGUCACCGGGGUAUCACUCUGCCCAAAAUAACAUUAAUAAUUGAACCCUCUUAAUUCUAGUUCGUUUUACAGAUACAUAAUCCAAAACAAGAUUGCAGCAGUGAAUUUAGAGAACUAAGUUGAGGAACAAGAAUCAGUGAUGAAGCCCGAUAUGGAAUUUGAAGUAGAAUUCUCAGCUCAAAUUGAUGGAUCUGUACGUGAAUCUGGAUUCAAGGAUAUAAGUAUUCAGAAGUCGGAGGAGGCCCGGCCCGAUUCGAACGGUUUGGAUCAGUGCUACGAUAAUAGGUUUCGGCCAAGUGAUGUGAAUGGAUAUGCUGUUUAUGCGAGGAAUAAGAGGUUGAAGAGCAGUGGAGGUAAAAGCGAUGGGAGGAUUGGGUAUUUCGAUAAAAUCCAGGGGCGUUUUGGAAAUUCAUGUAGAGAUGUAGAAGCUGUAAAUUCGAAAGGUGGAAUUGUAGGUCUUGGAGCUGACAUAGUGAACGCCGGUGGAGUUGACGGUUGUUUACAUGCUUCGGGGUUUAAAGGAGGUGAUGAUGAGAGCAAAAUGUUGGAGAUUGAAGUGAAAGAGGAACCUGUGGCAGGAGUAGCAAGGAGUGACUCGCCUAGAAGAUUUACAUGGUCGACCUUGAAAUUGAAUGCUGAUAGUUCGGAAACGGAAAGUGAAAAUUUGGGAGAAUUACAGGAUGCAGUGGUUUUGGACUCAGAGAGAAUAAAGAACGGGGAUUUGAGUGGGUUGGGCACUUCGGCUAGGAAGAUGGAAAUGAAGAUGUCUAAGAAAAUAGCAAUAAAAGGGAAGCCUACAACUGUUAGGGAGCUUUUUGAGACUGGGUUGCUGGAAGGGUAUCCAGUGUUCUACAAUGGUGGCAAGAGGGGAUUCCCACUACGGGGAACUAUAAAAGAUGCUGGAAUUCUGUGUUCUUGCAGUUUGUGCAGGGGAAAUAGGGUACUUCCACCUUGUCAAUUUGAGAUCCAUGCUUGUAAAUCAUAUAGGCGAGCAUCACAGUAUAUUUGCUUAGAGAAUGGUAAAAGUCUCCUUGAUGUGGUGAAGGAAUGUCGAAAAUCUUCUUUAAAGAUACUAGAAGAAACAAUUCAGAACUUUAUAGGACCUAUGCCUGAGAAGGAAUCUGUCACUUGCCGGAAUUGUGCUGGGUUAUUUCUGGCAACAUCAGCUGGAAAGAUGGACCAACUCUGUGAUUCAUGUAUGAUUAUCCUGAACUCAGAAGCUGAUACAGAAUGCAUGAAAUCUAGGCCUUUGGAGCCACUUCUGGGCUUAAUGUCUCCUGAAAGUGGUGAACUACAUAAUGCUCCCAGGAAAAAAGGUCGUCGAGGGAGGAAAAAGAGAAAGCAUUCAGAAUUGACAUCCAAUGGAAAGUCUAUGGGAAGAUCUUCAGCGCGCCUUUCAUCAAGAAAUGCGAACCAUUGGAAGACAAAAAUGAAGUUGUCACAAUCAGCUUCUGCCCUAAAUUCAUCUGGAAGUGCUUCGGUGAGGUAUUUGAAACCAACUGCUGAUCUAAAUUCAAAUAGUAGUGCUUCCUUGCACUGCUCACUAAAUAACAAGAGCCCAAGAAAGAUGUUGAAGUUGGUGUUGUCAGAUUCCAUUUCGCACUCCAACUCUCUGAAAAGUACAUCCACAUCCUUCUCUCCACAAUCUAAGGCUUCGUGGAAGAUAACAAAAAAAGACCAGAGGAUGCACAAACUGGUUUUUGAAGAUGGUGGAUUGCCUGAUGGUACUGAAGUAGCUUACUACUCUCAUGGAAAGAAAUUGCGUGAUGGUUAUAAAAGGGGAUCAGGAAUAGUUUGCUAUUGCUGCAACGUUCUGGUCAGUCCAUCUCAGUUUGAAGCUCAUGCUGGUUGGGCCUCUCGGAGGAAGCCUUAUAUGUACAUCUAUACAUCGAAUGGGGUGUCUCUUCAUGAAUUUGCCAUUUCUCUGUCGAACAGUCGCAAAUAUUCCGCAAAAGAUAAUGACGAUUUGUGCAUCAUUUGCGCAGAUGGUGGGAAACUUGUGCUUUGUGAUGGAUGUCCAAGAGCCUUCCACAAAGAAUGUGCAUCCAUCCCAAGUAUCCUGCGUGGCAAAUGGUACUGCACAUACUGCCAAAACAUGUUCCUGAGGGAGACUUUUGUUGAUCACAAUGCCAAUGCUGUUGCAGCUGGAAGAGUAACUGGUUUUGAUCCAAUAAAGCAGAUAACAAACCGUUGCAUCCGUAUUGUUAAGAACCCAGAAGAAGCUGAAGUGAUAGCAUGUGUGAUUUGCAGAGGCUACGACUUCAGUAAAUCUGGUUUUGGUCCACGCACUGUUAUACUAUGUGAUCAGUGUGAGAAGGAAUAUCACGUGGGUUGUCUGAAAAAAUGCAAGAUGGCUGAUCUAAAGGAACUUCCAAAAGGAAAAUGGUUCUGUUCGGUGGACUGCAAGAGGAUUUAUUCUGCAUUGCAGGAUUUGUUGAAUGCUGGGGAGGAGAAACUCCCCGACCCUUCCUUGGAUGUUAUAAAGAAGAAGCAAGAGGGAAAAUGUUCUGAUGCUGGUGUUGACUUCGAUGUGAGAUGGAGGCUUUUGAAUGGGAAAAUUGCUUCUCGUGAAACCAGAGUGUUGCUGUCACAGGCUGUAGCCAUAUUUCAUGAUUGUUUUGACCCAAUUGUUGACUCAGAAACUGGACGUGACUUCAUUCCAUCUAUGGUUUACGGAAGAAAUAUAAGGGGACAAGACUUCGGUGGAAUGUAUUGUGCAAUAUUGACGGUGAACUCAACAGUUGUAUCAGCAGGAAUCCUUCGGAUUUUUGGUCAAGAAAUAGCUGAACUCCCAUUAGUUGCGACACGCAUUUGUAAUCAAGGGAAAGGAUACUUCCAAACACUAUUCUCCUGCAUCGAGAAUUUGAUUUCUUUUUUGAAUGUGAGAAGCCUUGUUCUCCCGGCUGCAGACAAUGCAAAGUCAAUAUGGACAGACAAGUUUGGAUUCAAAAAUAUUCCAUCGGAAAAGCUUUUUAAUUACAGAAGGAGCUGUUGGCAAAUGAUAAGCUUUGAGAGAACAUCUAUGCUAGAAAAAUCAGUUCUAAAAUGUCUUAGUAUUAAUCAAGAAGAAGCAGAUUGUGAAAUUCCCCUGCAGUGAUUAGCCAAAUGGAGCCAUUUUCUUUGCGGCUUUAUAAGCUGAUGUAAAUGGCUUUUCUUUUGUUUAAAAAAAAAAUUAUUUAUAUAUUGUACAAGCUUCAGGGCUGAAUCAGAAAUUACAGGUUAGCGAUAGAUUGUAGCAGAAAAGGAAUAGGAAACACCUUUAUGUUUUUCAUAUUGCUGGAAAAUGGUAGUGAAUUGUAAAAAGCUAUCAGAAGCUUAUGAUUGGCAUAAUUUGGGUCUAGGUAUUCAAUCUAUUAUUUCUCAUUUUCGGUAGUUAUUUUUCGUGUAAAUAAUUAUUUGGAGGAAACCCCCCUCUUUGAUUC